CGUUUGGAUCAGAGUGGAGUAGAGGCUGUCGUGGCAUGGGACACAACAGCCAGCCAGCCAUUUUACAAGCAUAGUAGCAACGAACAUCUUUUCUGCAACAUCUUUGGAUAUAAUAUAUCGCUAUGGGUCAGUGUGGUAUUACUUCCUCAAAGACCGUCCUGGUCUUUCUGAAUCUUAUUUUCUGGGCGGCGGCUGGCAUCCUUUGCUAUGUGGGGGCCUACGUGUUCAUCACCUACGACGACUACGACCAUUUCUUUGAGGAUGUGUACACACUCAUCCCUGCCGUGGUCAUCAUUGCCGUGGGUGCACUCCUGUUCAUCAUCGGUCUGAUUGGCUGCUGCGCCACCAUCCGGGAGAGCCGCUGUGGUUUGGCCACGUUUGUUAUCAUUCUGCUGCUGGUUUUUGUGACUGAGGUGGCGGUGGUUGUGCUGGGAUACAUCUACAGAGCAAAGGUAGAAGAUGAGGUGAAUAGGUCCAUCACAACCGUCUAUAAUGAAUACAAUGGAACGAACACUGAUGCCCCAAGCCGUGCUAUCGACUAUGUUCAAAGACAGCUUCACUGCUGCGGAAUUCACGACUACUCGGACUGGAGGUACACACGCUGGUUCAACGAGUCGCGCAACAACAGUGUGCCACUCAGCUGUUGCAAACCCAACGUGAACAACUGCACCGGCUCCAUGCUGCGUCCUGGAGACUUGUACCCUGAGGGCUGUGAAGCACUCGUUGUGAAGAAGUUAAAGGAGAUCAUGAUGUACGUCAUCUGGGCUGCUCUGACGUUUGCUGCCAUCCAGAUGCUGGGGAUGCUGUGUGCCUGCGUGGUGCUGUGCCGCAGGAGCAGAGACCCUGCUUACGAGCUGCUCGUCACUGGAGGAACAUAUGCAUAGAGCUGACAUUUAUAUACACACACACACACACACUUUCACAGGCACACAUACACACAUAUACCCCUAAGGUUUAAGAUUGUGCCUGUGAGGGUCAGUGAGGCUUCUAGCCGUCAGUUUCGCUUUCCUCUGCUGUUGGCAGUAAACCCACCUUUCACUGAGAUGCUCACUCUAUACACUGGUGACGGGUGACCUAGUGACUAUACUAUUUAUUUACAUGCUGUAUGUAAGAUGAUGUUUUAUACUCACUACUUUUAUUUGUUCUCCUCAAAUGCUACAAGCCAAAUUCAAAAAUGGCAGUCAACACCCCCCCCCCCCUUUCUGUUUUUGAGACGAGGCAUUGACACUGACUACUUUAAUUUAGAUUAUUUUUAUGAUGGGGGUGGGGGGUGGGGGGGGGGGUGGGGUGAUGAGAGAGCAUCAGUCUUCUCUUGUGAAGGAAGGCAGCGCUGGAGGGAACUAAAUGUGGAAUUUCUGCUUUCCUCAUGCGUCAGUUUGCACUAUGUGUACGGCUUUUGGAAUAUUUUAUAAAUAUUUAAAAAUGACUUCAUGUAAAUAGUCAAGGCAGGGAUUCCCCUCGUCUUGCUCUCCCUUUCUCUUUUUUUUUCUCACACAAUCACUCAGAUCUAACAUCCUUGCGAGUGUGUGUGCGUCAUUACAAAAAUAAACGUGCUUGUCCUUCAUUCUACCCAGCACAACCUCAUCACCAGCAUCUUUCUGUUCAGGAGUGCUGCUGUAGGAGUGCUUUGGGUCCAUGAAAGUCAUCUAAAAUGUGUUCAUACUGUAUUCAUAAUCUUGUUCAGUUUGGAAACUGAUAUGUCUUUCAACAAAACAAAUGUUAAACGAACAACAGAACUGAGAAGCAAUUUGGGGGAGAUCGCUUCUCUUUUGAUUCAGACGGGCAUCUUUGGGAAUAUUCUACAUGCACUACAUAUUAUGUACUAAAAAUGUUACAUUUUGUUACUGUUCUCUCUUUUUGUUGUCCUCCCUUGCUUCUUGUGUGGAGUUGAGUAUACUGCUAAGGUGUAGAUUUUAAAGUUGAUUUUUUUUUUUUUGAGAAAAAGAAAUGUAGCUUCGUAGAACAUGAACGUUCAACUUAAGAUGAAUAGAUUAAGGGGGGAAAAGACUUACUAAAAUAAAACUUGUAAAAUCCAA